AUGGAAUUUCAUGUUUUAUGCGGAGCCCGACAUUUGGGUAGUCCUCAUUUUUGCCUUGUGGAAGACCGUGGGCAUGCAAAAGGACGAUUUAUAUUCAUGGUUAUGACUGAGGUUGGUUUGGAUUUAGCACAUCUACGUGCUAAACGUAAAGACCACCGGUUUUCGCUAAGUACUUCGCUGAAGUGCGCCGAGCAAUGUGCAGAAGCAAUCGAGGACUUACAUCGCGUUGGGUUCCUUCAUCGUGACAUUAAACCCAGCAAUUUCGCUGUAGGAUGUGUUGAAAGUGGCGAGUAUCACAUUAUCAAACUGCUUGAUUUUGGUUUAGCUCGCAAAUAUGGGUGA